AGGAUUCCGUUCCAAUCCACUCAAUUUUUGUUUGACGUUUUGUGCUAUUUCAUUUUGACGUGUAACUUCGCUUUCCCUAUAUUUACAAAAAACGGAUUUAUUCCAAUAAAAAUAUAACAACAUGUCGAGCGGUCAAUGGGAAGUUGUUGGGAAGAAUAAGAAGUCUCAAAACGGUAAAGUUAAAUCGAAGGAAGAUGUAAAAAAAUCUAUCAAAAAUGGGCCGAAACUUGAGGAUGUCGUUCCUCACUCGGAGAUCAAAUCUUUUUACGCUGGAAUGGUGGUGGACGAUGACAAGAAGCCAUCUAAAGACAAAAAGAAGGAAGGCGAUAAGAAAUCUAAGAAGCAGCAGGACAAGAAAGCGGAGCCUCCUAAACCAAAGCCGCCCAAAACUAUUGAUGAUGCUUUAGAGUUGAUCGACCCUUCCGAACUAGCCUCAAUCAUAGCAAGUAACAAACUUAGGUUCUCAAACGCACCACUUGUCUGGCUAAAAGAAGUGGCCAAUUUCCUCAAUUCUAAAAUUCAAAUAGACGUGGAUGACCCCACUUUUGGAAAUUACAAUCUAGACUAUCCGUUAUCAGUUGUGCCUGACGAGAUCCAAAGCAGCCUAGAAAAGGUUUUGCAAGAUGCAGGAAAGGCCAAUGCUCAAUUAUUCUACGAUGUUACACUCACAACUUUGGCAAAUGAUAUGAGCAGAGCACAAUCCGUGAACGGACACAGACUGCUCCUUCAAAUGCUAGCAAAGGCGUACCCAGAAUUCUGCGUAGCGUCUGUAGCGAAGAGUGCGAGUCUCCGCAACUCGUACCAGAACCGCCCGCCGAUUGGCCUGACUCUGCUGUGGGCCUUUGGCCAGGGAGGCCUAAGCGAUUUUGCUGUGGGAGUGAAAGCGUGGCAAGAGCUGUUCCUGCCAAUUAUAGAACUGAAGAAUUACUCUAAGUACGUCGUGGCCUACCUUGGCACGUUGCUCGAUUGCCACGCAGAUAUGGACGCCACGAAAGUCAGCCAGGACCAACUUCUGGCCAUGUUUGAUAUGGUGAAUGCCAAGAAGAAUUAUCUGUCCAAAGAAUUAUCAAGUGACCUUAUCAACCAAUUAAGUAAAUAUAAGGAUAUAUAUUUCAAUAAGAGUGGCAAUAAGUUACAAGUAACGUUCAAUCAGAUAAUGAAGAAGCUGCCCAAUCAGUACCUCAGUGGGUCGAAUCUAGACGCCUACAAUAAAGUCCUGGUGGAGAGCCUGGUCGACUGUCUGGUCAGAGACGACUCGUGCAAUGCCACCUGGCGACAGCUGUUCCACAAAUGUACCAAGCAGUCGGCCACACUGCUCGAUUAUAUUAACAGCAACUGGGCAGAAGUAAGCCCACGACUGAAGCGCAAAUCGCUGAAGACCACAGUCGUCCAGUUCCGGGAAGUGAGCGGGGACGCUCUGAAGGGCAAGAAGAAGGACGAGACUGUCGUCAGAACCUCCAAGAUAUGCCAGGAUAUUCUAGACAGGAUGACGAGUACUAGAAGUUUUCCGUGGAUAAAGGCCAUUUUCGUUGUGCUUUUGAGUAUCAUUGGAUUGGUGGCAUAUGAUGUUUCGAGAGCUGGUGACUUCCCAAAAAGCGCAACAGGGAAGCUAUUUAAAGAUCUUGGGAUCUUAGAGCAGAGUCAGCACGCAUGGCAGAAGACUCUCUCCACGUCCGCCCGAGGAUAUAUUUGGCUGGAAACCAACACCCCAGUGUACUACGCACAGACGAUCGAGAUAUGCAAACCGUAUAUUCAGCUCUCCAAAGAUCUCUUCACUGUAGCCUGCAACAAAGUCAGUGUGCUCUAUGCAAACAUACAAGAGUUUGUCGCAGCGAAAACACCAAUUGUUGUGGCCACGAUAGAGCAGUAUGUUCCAGGACUGAUCGACAAUGUCCAGAAUUAUACAUUAAUUGGAUACUCUGCUGUUAAGAAGUUUACUAUUCAGUACUACACAUUGUCCUCCGACUACCUGGCUACUAAAGUGUUCAUAGGAGAAUGGGCGCCAGAGAUACUACAGAACAAAACGCAAACAGCUAUCAAUGUCACCAGGGACCACAUGUCUACCUACUUCCACUGGUUCAGGAAACAGGUGCACUUGUACUCUGAGAUACCCUGAAGGGGGCACCUUCCAUAAUUUAUCUGAUAUCAUUUAACACUGCAAAUGGAGAAUUGCCAAUUUCUUCGUCAAAAUGUUUGUGACAGUCAAUAUUUUAGUAUACCAAAAGCAAUAUUUAUGUUAUUUAUCACUAUUUUAGUAACAAAACCCCAUUCUACAUUGUAUUUCAGAAUAUUUGUAGUAAUGGUUUAAGUUCAUAGCACAAAUUUUUAAUAUUAAUUUUUAAUGUUUUAACAAUCAAUCCUCCAUUUGCACAACCCCAAAAGAAAUAUUUUCGCUGUUUACGAGAAUCUUAUUUUUAAAUGAGUACAAUAAUUCUCAUUUAGUAGUUGCAACGAAAGAUCUAUAGUUUUUAAAUAUUGUUGAUCUUAUUCAUGUCAUUAAUGCAAUAAAUUAAUCAUAUCAUCAAAGGAACAAAAUUUAAUAUAUUUUUAAACUUACGUCCAUGACAUUUAAAUUAAAAUGAUCAGUAUUUCGAAAACACAUUCCUAACGAUGCAUUUAUGUCUUGAAUUUUACUUUUACACCAAGUUACCUUUUGGUUAUACUUAUCAUAUAGCUUCUAAUAACAGGAAUCAUCUAUGAAAUUGUUUUAGA